AACCAACUAAGAUAUAUAGAAUACACACACACACACACACACAUAUAUAUAUAUCAUACGUAAUAGUUAGUGGAGUUUUGGGCAUCUGGGUAUUAUUCCAAUGGGUGGAAUUUCAGUUAUUAGUAAUUUAUUAUAUGUAAUUUUAUUAUUUAUUUUACUGGGUACUGAUGAUCAUAUGGUUAAAAUUGAAUGUAGAGCUUUCUUUGUGUUUGGAGACUCGCUGGUUGAUAAUGGCAAUAACAAUUACUUAUUAACAACUGCUCGUGCUGAUUCUCCACCUUAUGGCAUUGAUUAUCCCACACAUCAACCCACAGGCCGCUUCUCUAAUGGCUUCAACAUUCCUGAUUUUAUCAGUGAGGCAAUCGGGUCAGAACCCACCUUGCCAUAUUUGAGUCCAGAGCUCAAUGGAGAAAAGCUGCUUGUUGGAGCCAAUUUUGCUUCUGCUGGAAUUGGAAUACUCGACGAUACCGGUAUUCAAUUUAUAAAUAUUAUAAGAAUGUACGAGCAACUGCAAUAUUUCCAGCAAUACCAGCAGCGAGUGAGUGGCUUAAUCGGAGCAGACCAGGCUCAACAACUCGUAAAUGAAGCACUCGUCCUCGUUACUGUUGGUGGCAAUGAUUUCGUAAAUAAUUACUACUUGGUUCCAUUCUCUGCUAGAUCUCAGCAAUAUUCUCUUCCUGAUUAUGUCAAACUUCUCAUCUCCGAGUAUAAGAAAAUUUUAAUGAGGCUAUAUGAUCUCGGAGCACGACGGGUUAUGGUGACCGGGACAGGACCUAUGGGCUGCGUUCCGGCAGAAUUGGCAAUGCGAAACACGAAUGGCGGGUGUUCAGCCGAAUUACAACGAGCUGCAAGGUUGUAUAACCCACAGCUUGUUCAAAUGCUUCAGAGUCUCAACAGUAAAUAUGGUUCUGAUAUCUUCAUUGCUGCCAAUACCCAAGAAACACACAAUAAUUUCAUCACUAGUCCUGAAGCUUACGGAUUUGAAACAUCAGAGGUAGCAUGCUGUGGACAAGGACCUUAUAAUGGAAUCGGACUCUGCACUGUCGCGUCAAACCUGUGCCCGAACCGGGAUGUGUAUGCAUUUUGGGACCCGUUUCAUCCAUCUGAGAGGGCUAAUGGGUUUAUAGUUAAGCAGAUAUUGACCGGGUCAACCAAGUACAUGGAUCCAAUGAAUCUCAGCACCAUUAUGGCCUUGGAUCUCAAGCUUACUGAUUAAUUAAUUAGUUAAGUAAUUGCAUUUCCAUUAUGAUAAUAAGUGUUUAUAUGUGUAAUCAUUCAUGUUCUUGUUUAAUUAAUGGAAUCAGAAGCUGAGAAAUUUGAUUUGUA